CGCUGUGACGGUUUCGCUCUCCGUACGACUUUGCUACUGCGGAAUAAAAAAUGACGAAGCUUGUUCUGCACACCCUUCACCUCAGCCCACCGUGCCGUGCCGUAGAACUGACGGCCAAGGCACUCGGAUUGGAGCUCGAGCAAAAGGAAAUUAAUCUGCUCACCGGAGAGCAUCUGAAGCCGGAGUUUCUGAAGCUCAAUCCACAACACACGAUCCCGGUGCUGGAUGAUGAUGGUACGAUCAUCACCGAAAGCCAUGCCAUCAUGAUCUAUCUGGUGACGAAGUACGGCAAAAACGAUUCGCUCUACCCGAAGGAUCCGGUCAAGCAGGCACGCGUUAAUGCUGCUCUUCACUUUGAAUCCGGCGUAAUCUUCGCGCGGAUGCGCUUCGUCUUCGAACGUAUUCUUUUCUAUGGUCAUACCGACAUUCCCGAAGAUCGGGCUGAGUACGUCCGGAAGGCAUACCAGCUGCUGGAGGAUACACUGAUCGACGAUUAUGUUGCCGGUAGUGAGCUAACGGUGGCCGAUUUCAGUUGCAUCUCAUCGACCACCUCGAUCAUGGGCGUUGUUCCGCUAGAUGCGGGCACCUUUCCGAAGAUUCAUGCCUGGAUCAACCGGCUGAAGCAGCUGCCGUACUACGAGGAGGCCAACGGUGGAGGGGCAGCCGAACUGGGCAAGAUUGUGAUGUCGAAGCAGCGGACGAGUGUCCACGAACGUUUCAGUCAUCGUCGAGCGAUUGUCGGAUUGUGUUGUCUCAGUGUUCUGUCCUCUGGCCCAUCAUCAGUAACGAUGCCCAACAUUAAGCUAUACACGGCCAAGCUGAGUCCUCCGGGGCGUUCGGUUGAGUUGACGGCGAAGGCACUCGGUUUGGAGCUGGAUAUCGUACCGAUCAACCUGAUCGCCGGUGAUCAGCUGAAGGAGGAAUUCCGUCGGAUGAAUCCUCAGCAUACGAUUCCCCUGAUCGAUGACAACGGUACAAUCGUGUACGAUAGCCAUGCCAUCAUCGUGUAUCUGGUGACGAAGUACGCCAAAGACGACAGUCUCUACCCAACCGAUCCAACAACGCGUGCUAAGAUCAACGCGGCUCUUCACUUCGAUUCCGGCGUUCUCUUCGCCCGGCUACGAUUCUAUCUCGAACCCAUUCUGUACGACGGAUCUCCCGACACACCCCAGGACAAGAUUGAUAAUUUAUACCGCGCGUACCAGCUGCUGAACGAUACGCUCGUCAGUGAUUUCAUCGUCGGUAACAGCCUCACCUUGGCUGACCUUAGCUGCAUUGCAAGCAUUUCAUCGAUGCAUGCGAUCUUCCCGAUCGAUGCUGGCAAGUAUCCGCAGUUGGCCGCGUGGGUGGAACGGGUGGCAAAGCAGCUACCGUACUACAAGUCCACCAACCAAGAUGGUGCCGAAGAGCUGGCUCAACUGUACCGAGCGAUCCUGGCCGAUAACCAAGCAAAGGCAAAGUAAGCUGUGGUUCAAUGUUGCGUGAAACAUGAAAUAAAAUCUAUCUCGUUGAUUCGUGUGCCUCUCAAGUGGUUUGGAAUAAAGAAUUCGCUUGGCGAGUGAGACGG